CCGGGCUGGGGGCGCGCGCCCGGGCUGAACGAGCUCAGCCGGCCCCUCGCGUCUCCGCAGGCCCCGGCCCGCGCCGUCCGGAGGAGCGCCCUUGGGGUCAUCUCGCGCCCAGGUGAGGACUCGUCCAGGGAUGCCCUCGGCAUCUGGGAAAGCCGCCCCGUCCGUCCGUGCCUCCGCUUUGCCGGGGCGCGUGGCGUCACGAUAAGCCCGGGAACUGCCGCCCGAGCCUCUGAGUCGGGCCCUGGGUGCGCGCGGGCUCUGGCGGGCGCUGUCGUCCGCGCUGCCGCCGGACACGCUCGUCCCGAGACGUGCCAUAACCGCCCCACGGCUCCUCGGGCUGAUGCGGGGCCAACCCAGGACGGAAACUGUGUGGGCUCCUAAAGGAAAGCCUAGCUAAUCACCACAGUUUGCAUGUUGCCUCCAAGGCACAGCAAAGGGUACUUGUCUGUAGAGUGCCGUGCACACUGUAAAGGCACGUCGCAAGCCUGCUCCAGGCCUGCCUUUUUACCAUCCUCCAGGCCCGUAAUGCUUUCCGUUGAUGGGACUCACCCUCUGAGAGCCUAAAUGUACUUCCUGUGUUUGUUUUGCCGACCUUAAAUUUAUGAACGAUGAAAAAGAACAGCUGUUCUGAGUUCUGUAAACCACUCUCCAGAGUGUAUCACAGUCAGCCUGCGGAGCGCAGUAGCCUGCACCCGUGCACCUUCGUGACAGGGUACAUCUCAGCAUAUUCUUGCACAAAAGGCGAGAGGUGGUUCCAUGAGUUACCCAGGGUCAUGGUUGGUGGCAGAGCCAGGACUAAGCCCUGGAUCUCAUUCAGUGGGUGAAUGUCCACUGAGUGGGUGUCAUGCGCUGGGCACUGGGUUAGGAGCUGGGCUGGACGCAUGUGCUGCUGGUGGGCUCCCGACUGCACGUGGUGGCCUGGGCCCUCUUCCUGUAUCACGUUCUCUCCGGUAGUCAUGGCAGCUUCAAGGAGUUGUCUGCUCCAGUUCUUUGUUCCAGGGCUUCCGGCCCCAUGCCCGUGUUGUGACAUCUACUAGGGUUGGUCUGGAGGCCCAGCAGGUGUGGCAGCUCUUCAGCCGAAGCAACUGCCGCAAAAACGGAAGACGACUCCUUCCUCCAGUGGUUUCUGCUUCUCAUACCUGUGACUGCCUUUGGCCUGGGGACGUGGCAGGUCCAGCGCCGGAAGUGGAAGCUACAGCUGAUCGCAGAACUAGAGUCUAGAGUUAUGGCCGAGCCCAUCCCACUGCCCGCAGAGCCCAGUGUAGCUGAGGGACCCCCGCACAGUGCUGACGGCUUUCUGCAGCAGUAAUUCCUAGCUGGAGGGGAGGGCACGCACAUGUCAAGUCUGGACAUGAGAAUGCCCGAUGGAACUGAAGAACCUGGAGUACCGGCCAGUGAAGGUCAGGGGGCACUUUGACCACUCUAAAGAGCUGUACAUGAUGCCACGGACCCUGGUGGACCCGGCCCGGGAGGCCCGGGAGGCCGGCCGGCUCUCGGCGGCGGCUGGGAGUGGUGCCUACGUGGUCACUCCCUUCCACUGCACUGCCCUGGGAGUCACCAUCCUGGUAAACAGAGGGUUUGUGCCCAGGAAGAAAGUGAAUCCAGAUACGCGGCGCAAAGGCCAGGUUGAGGGAGAAGUGGACCUAGUCGGGAUGGUGAGGCUGUCGGAGACCAGGAAGCCCUUUGUUCCCGAGAAUAAUCCCGCAAGGAACCACUGGCAUUACCGGGACCUGGAGGCCAUGGCCCGGCUCACAGGCGCGGAGCCCAUCUUCAUAGAUGCCGACUUCAAGAGCACAGUCCCUGGAGGACCCAUUGGAGGGCAGACCAGAGUGGCCCUGAGGAAUGAGCAUAUGCAGUACAUCAUCACCUGGUACGGACUCUGCGCGGCCACCUCGUACCUGUGGUUUAAGAAAUUCCUAAGCCGGACUCCUGGUGUGUGAGGAGGCUGGCGGAUGUAGCCCAGUCCCUGAACAGCUGAAGCCAUUUCAAGAGACUCGACUUUAGGCUGAUAACGUGUUACUGGUAUAAAUAAAUCUCGACACCGCAUGUGUACCGCCUUCCUUCCACCCAAA